AUAUACGGUAUAUUUGAUGGUGGUCAUGGUAUGUAUGUAAUAUCCCUUCAUGUACUUUCCACCAAAAAAUAUAGUUGAAGUAUUCAGACUUAGAGUGUGGUAGAUUCUAACAGUGCAUUCUUACGCUGGGUCUUCUCAGAAGUAAGUCCCAUUGAGUUCAACAAGAUUUCCUCCCAGGUAAGAAGGUAUAGUCUAAGUUCAUUGACAUUGUGGUUCCAGUAUAUGGUUUAUGGAUAAUCCUCUGGUGCUUAAGACUGUUUGUUGUGUUGUAUUGUUGUGUGUUGUGUUAUCCACCUUUUAGUAAUGCAAAUUUAUGUUAUGUCUAGGGGGCAGUAGUAUUGACACUACUGUCCAGGAGACGUAACGUAAAUGUGCAUGCUGCAUCUACUUUGAAUUUUGUUAUAUUAGCCUGUACUGCAAAUGUUAAAAAAAACCUCUGUCAGCAAGAAUACACACUUGAUUUCUCUUCCACGUUCUGUCCUGAAUAAUCCUUGGAGCACAAGUAGUACACAAGAGGUGCGUAAGGAGAGCUCCGCUAGACCACAGAUGAGCAUCCUCGCUUGUGACAACAGCCUGCAGCAGAGUUGCUUCCACAAAACCCACAAGGAGGGCUUGAAGGCUACAGCUGUCUUCUCCUCAGCAAGUGGGACUUAGUGGCCUCCUGCCCCUCUGAACUUGGAGGUUACAUACAUGAAUAGGCAUUGAUCAAAGAGGUUUAAUUAUGGUCUAGACUAGAGGGUCCCCAACAUGCUGCAGAUAGUACUUCAAAUGCCUGGCUGAAGCUUGCAAGAAGGCAUCCUUGAUCAGCAAAGCUUUGUUUUUACUCAAGCUGAAUGCAGCCCAUAGUUGGUAAGGGUUUCAACAGCACUGCAAUAUAAGCUGCAAUCGCAUGCCAUGCUCUUGCAUGCUUCAAGAUCCAAUAGACUUCAGCGAGACAUUUGCAAGCAGGUUUAAUUAUUCAGCCUUAGACUUAGGUUUCAAACAUGUGCUUGCUUGUUCACAGUGACACUUACUGACAGGUAGAAGAGCAUACAAUUGUAGCCAUAGAAAAAGAGAUGGGGAUUCUUUCAGUAAAAACAGCUUGUGCAAAAUUGACCAUGAGAUUAUUAUUAUUAUUAUUAUUUAUUAUUUAUACCCCGCCCAUCUGGCUGGGUUUCCCCAACCACUCUGGGCGGCUUCCAACAGAAAAAUAAAACACAGUGAUCUAUUAAACAUUAAAAGCCUCCCUAAACAGGGCUGCCUUCAGAUGUCUUCUAAAAGUCUGGUAGUUGUUUUUCUCUUUGACAUCUGAUGGGAGGGCGUUCCACAGGGCGGGCGCCACUACCGAGAAGGCCCUCUGUAUAUUAGACCAUUUUAUCCAGCUUGGUCUUGACAAAUAUUCGGUUGGGUAAGACUCUUAGGAGCAUAAUAAUUGUCUUAGCGUUUCUGUUUAGGAACUCUUAAGAGAAGUGUGUGGAAAUACCAAUGCCUUUGCAAAAAGUAGGUUUUUAAAUAAAAUAAAAAUUCUAAUCCUGACUUUCAGUUCAUUGCCUCAUGACUUGAAAUGCCUACUCUUUCUGUUUUUGAUAUACAUUCCCCCCACUUGUAAUGGAAUUUUGUUUUUACUUGGCUAUGAUUCGAGAUCUGUUACUUCCGUAGGUAGUUGUAAAACUAGUUUCUCCACCCUAACCUAGAGGGAUCUGAGCACUGGAGCAAGAGGUGACUAAUUUUCAAUUCUAGUUAACACCGAACUUCUCUUGAGAACUUCAGCUGGAGUGUCUAAAAGAUGCACAGGGUGGAAGGCAGGUGGUGGGCCUGUUUAGAUGGCCCACCCUCAGAGUCUAAUGGAUCCUGGUGUCUUCCUGAAUGCAGGAAUUUUCCAGUGCAAAAAGCUGAUUAUCCUGUUGAAACUCUCACUGUGGAAUGGUGAGAUCGGAUGUGCAGUUGGCACAAUACUUCCAGAAUGGCUUUUCCAGCAUUGCGGAGCCUGCAUGCCUCCUUGGUAAUCUGGGGAGCUUCAGGCUAGACUUAGACUAGAACGAUGUAGACUUAAAAGUGAGCCAGGGACGUUUGGAACACUGUUACGUUAUGGAAGAUGAAGACUCAGAAUCUCAAGAGGAAGAAGAGGGUAAAGAGAGUGAUAAAAGCGACCAAGUGGAUUGGAGAGAGAAGCAGAGUCCAGUUUCCAGCUCUUCGGAACCCUGGUUGGGAAAUACUGUGCCUGUUAUCAACAGCAGAGGUAUGAACCUGCCAAACUUCCACAAUACUGUUAAUUUGACUCAGGCUAUUAGCCGUGAUGUUAGUCUUCAUGAUGCUACAAUGGUGAAAUCAGACCACAAUACUACAGUAAAUGCAGAGAGAAGGAAUUUGGAGAUACUGGAAAAUCUGUCAUUAACAGAUUCUCACACAUCACUAAUGAAUGGCGUCAACAUGCUUGGGGUUUUUGCAUCUGAUAAUUGUACGAAUCUAACAAGCCAGGAUUUGUUCUUGAGCCUGGAUGGACACGGAUUUGAGGCUUCCUGUUUCUUUGAAGAACGGGAUUCUGAUUCUGGACUCUCUUUGGAUUUAAAUCAUAGCAAUUCAUCCCUUGUUUUCACCUGUGACAGUGAUGCUGAAUCUGCUACCUAUGAUUUAGCUGUAGGAGGCUGCUGCGUAGAAUACAGCAAAUGUUACCACACAGAUUAUCAAAGCAAUUAUGACCUCAGUGCAGAAUUGUUUGUAGAUGUGUUGCAUGAUCACACAUACAGCCAAAUCCCACAACAGCUGGUACCCUGUGUGCCAGAAGAAUAUGACUUCAUGUGGCCAGAGAAAUCCAAUAAAGCCAGAAGUAGAAAUGGAGAUAACGCAGAGAGAAACCAAAGCCGUGACGAAUACCGCGCAGAAGCCCUGAGAAUUCCAUUCUCUGUAAAUGACAUUGUGACUCUGCCUGUUGAUUCCUUUAAUAGCUUGUUAUCAAAAUACUACUUGACAGAUAACCAGCUAUCGCUCAUACGUGACAUAAGGCGGAGAGGAAAAAACAAAGUCGCUGCUCAAAACUGCCGCAAACGUAAACUAGAUGCAAUUAUGAACCUGGAAGAUCAGGUGUGUCACCUUCAAGCACAAAAGGAAAAGCUCAAGAAGGAAAAAGCCCAGUGUAAUAGAUCAAUUAGCAACAUAAAACAAAAACUAAAUGAUCUUUAUUGGGACAUUUUGAGUAGAUUAAGAGAUGACCAAGGAAGACCUGUUAACCCAAGCCAAUACUCUCUACAAUGUUGUAAAAAUGGCAGUGUUUUGGUUGUACCUGGAAAAGCCAUCAAACUGGAACUGAAACAAAAUAAUCCAACCAAAAAAGUAGCCCGAUAGAAAAUAUUUCUCUUUAGCUAUUGAAAUUGAAAGGGAUGUUUCUUAAUUAUUCUUAAAUUAAUAAUUAAAUUCUUAAAUUAAGAAUAAAUUAAGAAAAAAUAUUCUUUUAGUUUACACAGGGGAAAAUAAAGUUUGAUAAGGAUCUACUUUGAUUACCCACAUUAUCAAAAAAAAAUUAAGACUUGUGUACCAAAAUUUUUUUGUGUAUUAUAAACAAAAUGUCCAAGUAGGUCUGUGAACACAGACCUAAUAGAAUCAGUUCUUGACUGAAGAUUUCAUCUGAAUAAAUUAUUGGUUAAACCAUAUUGCAUGUUUUGCAUAAUUUAUUCAGUUUUGCUAAUCUCCUAGGGGAGUUCUUGUAACUUAAAACUUCAGCUUAAAUGCUGAAAAUGGCAUUGCUAUCUUUUAUUUAGUUUUAUUCCUAAAACUUGUCUACCGCUUGAUUACUCACAAUCCGAAGUGGUGUACAUAAAAAUCCACACGCAAUAAAGUUGUCUUAAGACCAAACACUACCUAAAAAUGCCUGUUAGAACAAGGAAGUCUUAACAAUGUGCCUGAAGUUUCUCAAGGGUGCGUCUUGUUGAGAUUUCCACAGGUUUGUGCCCGCUUCACGAAAUACAACUUCAAGAAGUUACAAGUCAUGCAUCCAAAAAAUAGAGAACCACCAGCAAAAGACUCUCCCAAAGACCUCAGUGAUUGGCCCAGGUUAUAAUGGAUCCGAUAGUGAUCCUGUAACUAUGUUGUCAAGAGCCUUGUAAAUUGUCAGAGCUGUGAGCUUGGUCUGGAAACAUUGGCAGCCAUUUCAGUGGCCACUGGUAUCAACAGCUGCUGACAGACUGAGAUGGAGCAGAGCUAUCCAUUCCCACAAUCCUGCUUUUGAUACAGAUCAUCCCUCAAGGCGACCAAGGCAGAUUCAGUUCCACAAGGCACAUAAAUGGAAAUCAGUCCUAUAAAAUAUGUGAAGGUGCUGCAUUAGACACAAAAACUGCUACACCUAUGGCACCACGGAGCAGUGAUGUUACCUUUGAAGUGCUGGACAAUGUGCUACUGAGUGUUCAAAGAACCACCCACCACUUCUGGUAGCUAGUCUCUAGGUCACCUGCAGUAACAGCUCAUCAAGGACACAAUGCUGGCUGUGAAGUAGUUCUUUGCAGUCUUCACUGCCACUUGGUAGACAAAACUGUGCGACCUUACAAGUGUUUGAUCAGCUUUGAAGUGUUUUCCAUCUUCCGCGCUCCAGUUGUGUCCCAGCCUCUUUCAUUGCCUGCAGCAGCUCCUCGGCAAACCAAGGAGCAGUGCAGGCCCUGGGAAUGAAUACUGUACCCCCAUUCCACAAUGAGACCAGGGUCUCAAGAGAAUCACUGGGUCUAUCCACUGGAAAAUCAUUUAGUCUCCACAGAUGCACCAUCCAAAUUGGUUCCCAACAUUUGCAGUGUUGAGGUUGCUGCCAGAAACCCAAACUUCACCAGAAAGUGAUCUGACCAUGACAAGGGGGGUAUGGACCACCCUUGUAUAGAAUCCUCCUACUUGCUACAAGCAAAUACUAAAUCAUGGUUAAGUCCUGUGAAUAACACAUUUCCCCCCAUUGGCUCCUUGUCUAACAGGUUUUUGAAACUCUGUACUGACCUGCUAAUCGGGUUUGAUAAGGUAUGGUAGUUAUUUGAAAGUAUGCAUCAUGAAGGUGUCUUGUAAGCCCAAGCCUAUCUUAACAGCAAAUUAAUUGCCACAUGAAAUGUAAAAUGACCACUUAACUGAAUGCAUUGAAAUGCAAGUAGAAUUUUGGAUGGACCCUGUUAGCAUGGUCUAAAUUACAAACGCCUUAAAUUUAUAACUUAUUUAAAUUGAUAUUUUAUAUUUUUACCUUUGUAUAGUAGUAUAAAGUGUUUCUGUUUGC